CGGAACCGGAAGUUGUAAGUGUUAUUCCCAUGAAUCUGGCGAAAACAAGCAUUACAAAACGGAAGUACAUGCUCUGAAAGGAAUUCAUUCAUCGUUCAUACUUUGUUUUGUAAUAUUUUAUGACUGUUGUACACAUGUGGAUGGUAAGUGUUUUUCUGCCUUUUAUUAUUCUGACAUCAUGACUUUGAAGUCGUAGCUGAAUGUAUUUUUCUUGUUGUUCCCAUACAGUUUCAGUUCAUGCACAUCUAUCUGUUGAAUAGGCUAUUUUGGGCCAGAAUGAAUAUCAAUACAGAGAGUAGGCCUAUUGAACUGAGAAUGCUGCUUGUCAACUAUGGUUUCUGUUCUCCAAUGUGUAUAAAGGUUUAGACCGCAGCUGUCCUCUGCAGUGUGUCAGGGGAAAAGGGCCUCCUCCCUCAGGAGUUUUGGGGAAUAACAACAUUCCCCUGUGUGCUGUCUACUCAGGUCUGAGGUAGUUUUGGCCCAUUAUCCCUUUUAUACAGCAAUGAGUGGAACACUAUUCGCCUGCGAAGACCCAGCUGUCUGGAGAAAGUUAUAUGGGAAAUACUGGGAGGUAGUGGAGGCCAAGUCCCUUGGGAAGGGCAAGAAGUCUGGAAAACUGCUUCCCUUGGAUAAAUGGUAAGUGUGGCACAUACAUGAUCCCAUUACCAGGUAUCGAUGAAGAGCAGACUAUCAUCACAACUACAGUCAAUCUGUCACAUUAAUUAACAUAAACACAUAUAGAUUUGAGCUUUCAAUUGACCAGGAUGGGGAUUCCCUCAAUGCCUUUUAUGCAUGCCUUUUGAUUGAUGUAAGUAAACAUGGAAUAUUUAGUCUGAGCCUCAUCUCUGGCCAGGUAUCAAGAGGAGCUGCCUGUAGCCAUCGCUGGGCGUCCUUACAAAUAUGUCACCCAACCAGAACUGGUGAAACUGAUGGAGUGGAAGCUCACUGUAAGUAGAUCUAGUGCGGAUAGAUGCAGAGCUUUAUUGACUAAAUAGUAAAUGGAUGUUUCUGAUAUUCCAGGUAAUAAUGUGAAAUUAAAAUAAAAACAUUUCCUUGUACUGAGAUAAAUAUAACUAUACUUUCCUUACUGUCCAUGAGCAGAGAAAUAUCUUUAAGCUCCCUGACUGGUUUUGAAAUAUCUUGGCACGGUAUCACCUGCAGAGGGGGAAGUUCCGUCCGAGGCUGCAGCAGCUCGUGGCCUCUAACAGUGAUGAGACGGUGGAGAAGUGCUCUAGAAAGGCCUUCAGUCUCCUCCCUGACGUCCAGGCAGCCAUCACAGAACUCAGCUCUCUCAAAGCCCUGGGCCCAGCCACAGCCUCAGGUCAGCAGCACCAAGGGGCUGGGGGUUUGGUUCAGAGGAUGAGAAAACACUUUUUAGGCUAUUUUUAAGAAUGACAUAUGAGAAGGCUGACAUGUUUUCUUAUUUUCAAGAGUAGAAACAAAGUCACCUAGACAAAGUUGUUUCAGUGAGCUUCUUAAAGGGAUAAAUUGAUUUAGGCCUAUUCAAUUGGAUUAAGCACGAAGAACAAAGCUCACAACACAGGAUGGAGGUUCCCGACCCUCUGUUAAAGUGUAGUUCACUUAAUAUUCAGGAAACAUCAGCAAUCCGGUGAGGGGCACAGUUUAACUUGGGCUAUCUUUGACUGGCCGUUUUGUUCCAGCUGUAUUGGCAGCAGGAGCUCCGGAGCAGGCUGCGUUCAUGGCCGACGAGGCUGUUGAAAGUGUCCCUGGACUGGGGCCCAUCCAGUACACACCCAGGCACUAUGCGCUCUACCUGAACAAAAUGGCUUCACACACACAAACACUUAACAAAGGUGAGAUCGCAACUGGGUGAGAGUGUGUGUGGAAUGCACAUUGCGGAUACAUAUUCAGUGGGUCCAAAUAUUAUCUAUCUGCAACAUUCUGUGUGUGUCGGGGGGGGGGGAUACUGUACCCGGGAUGUGGAAACCCCAUGCCGUAAUCUAUGCUCAUGUUGUUGUUUGACCCACCUCCUCCAUCUUCCUCAGUGGACAGCGAACGGGACUGGACGCCCCAUAGGGUGGAGCUGUGUUUGUGGGCAUGGGCUGUAGCCAAUCAGCUGCAGCUCCCCCUGCUGAAGGAUGUGAAUCUAGAGCGCAGCCUCAGCAAUAAGUCAGACCCAGAGACCAAUGACAGGCCAGCUAAGAGACCGAGGACCAAGUAAACUUUUUUUCUUCAGAAAACUACCUUGUAAAGCCUUUAAUUUGACUAUAGAGAUUAUGACUGGGAUGAAAGAAUGUCAGGCUACCUCAACAUUAUGGCAGUAGUGUUUUGUCUUUACGGUAUGUCUAUUUUUACAGUGUAACUUGCAAAUAAAUCUUUGAUAUUAAACAGGA